CACCUGCAUGUAAUGACGUCACAACACGCUUCAGGAAAAAGAAAGGGAAGAGUCCACGAUCAGCUCAGGCCGAUGAGUGUCCGUAGUGUUGCAGGGCGAAUUUAAACGCGACGUUCAAAGCAUUGACGACUCGAGCUCAACUUUGUUCGGAGCGUGCGGGCUUUUGUGGAGCCGCGCGUGGGUAGAAAACACGAUGUCUUCCUCCGCUAUAUUUGUGCUGGAUCUGAAGGGGAAGGUGUUGAUUUGUCGGAACUACAAAGGCGACGUGGACAUGGCGGAGAUCGACCACUUCCUGCCUUUACUCAUGCAGCACGAAGAGGACGGGCUGCUCUGCCCGGUGCUGUCCCACGGCAACGUCCACUUCAUGUGGAUCAAACACAGCAACCUGUACCUGGUGUCCACGACAAACAAGAACUCCAACGCCUCCCUCGUGUACUCAUUUCUAUAUAAAAUAGUCGAGGUGUUCACAGAGUACUUCAAGGAGCUGGAGGAGGAAAGCAUUCAGGACAAUUUUGUGGUCGUCUACGAGCUGCUGGAUGAGCUGAUGGACUUUGGAUUCCCUCAGACUACCGACAGCAAGAUCCUACAGGAGUACAUCACUCAGGAAGGCACCAAGCUCGAGGUGGGGAAAUCCAAGGUGCCGACCACCGUCACCAACGCCGUCUCCUGGAGGUCAGAGGGCAUCAAAUACAAGAAGAACGAGGUCUUCAUUGAUGUCAUCGAGUCCAUUAACGUGCUGGUGAAUGCCAACGGCAGUGUGAUGAGCAGCGACAUAGUGGGCAGCAUCAAGCUGAAAACGAUGCUCUCUGGGAUGCCAGAGCUGCGCCUGGGCCUCAACGAUCGAGUGCUCUUUGCUCUCACUGGACGUACGUACACCCGCCACAUGUACCACAUCCAUGCUGUCGUACUUACCACCACUGAUCGUGCCCCGGUGUGUUCAGGUGACAAGGGGAAGACGGUGGUGAUGGAGGACGUGAAGUUCCACCAGUGUGUUCGUCUCUCGCGCUUUGAUAGUGAUCGAACCAUCUCCUUCAUUCCUCCGGAUGGGGAGUCUGAACUCAUGUCGUACCGCAUCAACACCCACGUGAAGCCUCUCAUAUGGAUCGAGUCAGUCAUUGAGAAAUUCUCUCACAGUAGAGUGGAAAUCAUGGUUAAGGCAAAAGGGCAAUUUAAGAAACAGUCUGUGGCAAAUAAUGUGGAGGUGAGGGUCCCCGUGCCCAGUGAUGCCGACUCACCGAAGUUUAAAACCAGCACCGGACAGGCCAAAUAUGUGCCCGAGAAGAACAUGGUGGUUUGGACUAUCAAGUCUUUCCCUGGAGGUAAAGAGUUUCUGAUGAGAGCUCAUUUUGGUCUGCCGAGUGUGGAAAACAAUGAGCUUGAGGGGAAACCUCCGAUUACUGUCAAAUUUGAGAUUCCAUACUUCACAGUCUCAGGAAUACAGGUGCGAUAUAUGAAGAUCAUUGAGAAAAGUGGUUACCAGGCUUUACCGUGGGUCCGGUACAUUACACAGAGUGGAGACUACCAGCUGCGGUCCAAUGUGUAAAACCAGGGGAAUUUCUGUAUCGUCAUCUCCACCUGGUCCUGCAGAGGAACAUCAAUACAGACAACUUUAACUGAACUGUCUUUAAAUUUCAACCACUAUAUCUAAAGAUAAUUAUUCUAUCUUGUUUUAUGAAAUCUGUGUAUAACUGAAUUUGUAUGUUUCUGUUGUUUGAUCC